CGCCCUAUAGACCAGGAGUUUUUGGGGUUUUUUCUUUUUUGCAUUCAUGGCUUACAGUUUAGCGAUUACAGACAUUACUGGCAUUUCCGUUCAUCCUAAAAGUAAUCGGUGGGGUUGAGGUCGGGGCUCUGUGCAGGCCACUCGAGUCCUUCACAGCGACCUUUGCAAACCAUGUCUUCAUGGACUCCAAAAUUGUAUCGCUACAGUAUUCAAACACAUCCCAGACUAUUGUGUGCUUCCAAUUUUGUAGUAACAGUGGGGAAGACACACAUAUGGGUGUGACGGUCAGGCGUCCACAUACUUUUAGCCAUAUAGUGUAUAUGAUCACAAGUGGUGAAAAGUGUAUGUUGAGAUAUUAACAGUAAAAGAAGUCGUUUUUUCAUGAUAGAAAUGUGGAUUAUUUUUCCACUUGACAUUAAACCUGCUGAUUUAGACUUCGACAUGACUACAGAUUUUUACUUCACUGAUGUAAUUUUCAGGCCGUGUUGCAGGUUAUCUACAGGAACAUGUUCUGUUUUAUAGCAGAUCUUUUUUUUUUUUUUGCGAGGAAAGGAUUCAAAUGAAAGCAAGGUAGAUAAAAGCAAACUUUUGCUCCCUACUAUACUCUUGCCCUAUGCAGCGUAUGUCCAUAUUAUUUUCUUCCAUUAAGCAGAUUAACACAGUGUGCUGCAACCCAACCUAGACUAUAUAUUUUAUAUUAUCUCUCUCUAUAUGUUGUAUUAACUAAUUUUGUAUCUGUUUGCAUCACUUCCAGUAAAUUAUAUAUAUAUGUAUAUAUGACAAAUAUUUUAAAGGUCUAAUCAUUAUAUUAAAUAUUUGGUGCCCCAGGGCCCUCGCCCAAUCCCAUAUAUGUAUAAUCUGGCUUUACCAUUAAGCAGUGCACGUGUAUAUAUGUGUAUAUAUAUAUAUAUAUAGGGAGUAGGGGGACAUGUGGGAUUAUUCGGCCUCUGCAUAUGAGGCUCCAAACCUUUCUGAGGUAGGGGGUUAGUGCUUUUACACACACACACACACACACACACACACACAUACAGAGAGAGCGGAGAGAGCAGAAGAGAGAGAGGCGGGGGGAGGGGACGCUAAGAACCAGAAGCGAGAGAGAGAGAGAGAGAGAGAGCGCGAGCGCACCCACCCACAUAGUAGCGCGCGCUCCGGAACGCACACAGAACCUAUUUUCCUGCUCGCGUGCUUCUAGAAGCUGAAAGCGCUCCGUGUCAGAACCCCGGAUUACUGAAACCAUGAGCUGGGGCACUGAAUUAUGGGAUCAGUUUGAUAACUUGGAGAAGCACACUCAGUGGGGUAUAGAUUUUGUGGAGCGCUACACCAAAUUUGUCAAAGAGCGAUCCGAAAUCGAGCUCAGCUAUGCAAAGCAGAUCAGAAAUUUGUCUAAGAAGUACCAACCCAAGAAGAAUGCCAGGGAAGAAGAAGAGAGCAAAUACACGUGGUGCCGUGCAUUUCUGGCGUCUCUGAACGAGCUGAAUGACUACGCCGGCCAGCACGAGCUCAUCGCCGAGAACAUGACAUCACAGAUCAUCACUGAGCUCACGCGAUACUCACAGGACCUCAAAGCAGAGAGAAAAUCGCAUUUCCACGAUGGACGGAAAGCUCAACAGCAUAUUGAGAACAGCUGGAAACAGCUGGAACUGUAUAAGAGGAAUUUUGAGAGAGCUUGUAAAGAGGCAGAUCGAGCACAGCAGUACUUUGAGAAAAUGGAUGCUGACAUCAAUGUGACAAAAGCAGAUGUUGAGAAGGCCAGACAGCAGGCGCAGUUUAGACACCAGCUGGCAGCUGACAGUAAGAAUGAAUAUUCCAACUACCUGCAGAAAUUUAACCAGGAACAGACGGAACAUUACCACACACUCAUCCCGAAUAUCUUUCAGAAACUCCAGGACAUGGAGGAGAGGAGGAUUGAGAGAGUGGGUGACUCCAUGAAGACCUUUGCUGAGCUGGAUAGACAGAUUCUGCCCAUUGUAGGGAAAUGCAUUGAUGGUAUAACCAGAGCAGCUGAGAGCAUAGAGGCUAAGACUGACUCCGCACAGGUGGUGGAGUCGUAUAAAUCAGGGUUCGAGCCACCCGGUGAUGUGGAGUUUGAAGACUACGGUCAGGCGAUGAAGAGGACCGUUUCGGAGACCAGCCUGACCAACUCGCGCCCUGAUAUUAAGACCGAAAAACCCAGCAAGAGCAAGACCAAACUCUGGCCAUUCAAGAAGAACAAGCUUGUGUCCCUAUUAACAUCCCCUGACCCACGCCCACCCCCUUCAGAGCCCCCCUCACCUUCUACUGUGACCCUUGACCCCUGCCCCGCCCCUCAGAGCCCUAAACCACCCAAGGAGGCCCUCUCACACCGCUUCAAUGAUAUCAUCACAUCCAAGCCUAAAAUUCACUGCCUUCGGAGCCUGCGUCGUGGGAUCUCACUCAAUGCCCACGUGCGGAACCUUAUUGAGGGUGCAAAUCCAGAGGAUUUCAGUCACUUGCCCCCGGAACAGAGGAGGAAGAAACUACAAGCGAAGAUCGACGACAUUAAUAAAGACAUACAGAAAGAGUUGGACCAGAAAGAUGCAUUGACUAAAAUGAAGGAUGUGUAUGUGAAGAACCCCCAGAUGGGGGAUCCAAGCAGCGUGGAUCCACGACUUGCAGAGAUCGGCCUUCACAUCGAUAAACUACAGGCUGAGCUGCAGAAGUUUGAGGGCUGGCUCGCAGAAGUAGAGGGCAGAAUGCCGGUGAGAAGUGAAUCGACUCAGAGACGAAGUGUUGUGUAUGAAACUCAAAACAGUACAACAACAGCAAACAACAACUGUGCGCAGGACCGUGAAAGCAGUCCAGAUGGUAGCUACACUGAGGAACAGAGCUCUGAACAAAGGGUGACAAAGGUUCAGACUGAUCCGGAGUUUGACGAGUUUGAUGAUGCUGAGGAAGAAAUACUGCCUACCAUCGGAACCUGCAAAGCACUCUAUCCGUUUGAAGGUAACAAUGAGGGCACGCUGGCAUUAGCAGAAGGAGAGGUGCUUUUUGUGAUCGAGGAGGAUAAAGGAGAUGGCUGGACGCGUGUCCGGAGGAACGAGGAAGAGGAGGGCUACGUUCCAUCGUCCUACAUCGAGGUCUUCCUCGACUCCAAUGCCAAAGAUUCCUAACUGAGAGAAGAGGGCACAUGGCAAGUGACUGCAAAUACAGGAAAACACCACUCUUAAGCAAAAAGGAGAGAGUGAAACGACGACGACGACGACGAUGAUGAUGAUGAUGAUGAAGAUGAAGAUGAAGAUGAUGGACAAAUUAAGUUGGAAGAAAAAGAUGCACAGGGGACUGAGGAGUCUCUACUGCAGACAGUAACUGAAACAUGCCCAUGCAACCAAUCAGAGAGAAUAAUAAUUUUAAAAAAUAAUAAUCUGACCCUCAUUUAGGCUACAUGUAAAACUACUGCUUCUUUGCUAUGCAUCUUACUAGCACCGUAAUUGUAAUUCAGUUCAACAUGACCUUGCAUUCAUUUCCGUCUACUGAGACGGAGCGAUAUAGCGUAUACUACACAUGGGCACAGAUAACACAGCUCUGAUAACAUUACCCUCGUCCAGUCCAUCCGUAUGACACUUAACCACUCUUUCCAAGCCUUUCAUUUCAGUGUCGUUCAACAUGUGACCGGCUUACCUUCAAACAUUUGAUUUUUUUUUCUCCAAAUAUCACACCGUUAACAAGAGGGUAUAUGUCUGUAGGAUUGGAUAAAUAGGCCUAUGCUAUAUAUUCUAUAUGCAGUUUGAGUUUUUGUGUUUUUACAAUCAGGCCCUCUAGGGAAAUCUCAUACUGGCUUAUUUGCACCAAUGUAUUGCACCAACAGAUUUAUAUUGUGUUUCUUUUUAGAGUAUUUUUUAUAACAAGCACUGUAUUCUCUUGCUUCUUUAGCCAGUGUGUAGCAAUUAGGGGUUGCAUAGAUUAGUCAACUAAUACGUUCGUAAGACGCAGUGGGGACGUCAGGGCAGGAGAGUGUAAAAAAAACAAAAAAAAGUAAGGCAGAGAGUAAAGAAAGCAGGCUAAAUAUAUGUCAUUAGUCUAAAAAAAUAAA